AUGGGAGAAGCUCUGAUAGGCAGGCUGGAGGCGGCGGUAUCCCGGCUGGAGGCACUCAGCGGUGGGGUGCGCGGCGGCCUGCCCGACACUACUGCAUCAGCGCAGGACCCGGCGAUUGUGGCCUUCGACGAUCUUGUCGCCAGCGCGCUCGGCAGGGUGUCCGCGGCCGCCGGCAAGAUCGGGGCGGAUGUCGCCGAGGUGACGGGAUUGGUGGAGAAGGCGUUCUUGGUUGGGAAGAACCUUCUUGUCAGGACCAACCAGACACAGAAACCAACAAUGGAGUCAGUGACGACGUUUAUGGGGCCGCUGAAUGAAACGAUCUUGGAGGCCAACGCAUUGGCGGAGGGGACGAGAUCGAUCUAUGCCAACCAUCUAAAAGCAGCAGCCGGUAGCCUGGCCGCUCUGGCAUGGAUUGGUUACACUGGCAAAGGUUGCGGUAUGCCUCUUCCGAUUGCUCAUGUAGAAGAGAGCUGGCAAAUGGCAGAGUUCUACAGCAAUAAGGUGCUUGUGGAAUACAAAAAUAAGGACCCUGAUCAUGUGGAGUGGGCUAAAGCCCUGAAAGAGCUUUAUGUGCCCAAUUUGCGUGAUUAUGUGAAGAGGUACUACCCAUUGGGUCCUGUAUGGCAACCGCCAGGAAGUGCAACCAACAAGGCACCUUCAGUCCCGUCCGCUCCUUCUACAUCCCUUUCCAUCUCUUCGGCCUCAUCAUCCCAACCAAAAUCUGGAAUGUCAGCAGUAUUUGCUGAAAUCAGCUCUGGGAAACCAGUGACACAAGGCCUCAGGAAGGUAACUGAUGACAUGAAGAGCAAAAAUAGAACAGACAAAACAGGUGUUGUAGCUGCUGAAGGAAAAGAAACUCGCAAUGCACAUUCCUUUAGCUCAACUAAAGGACCUGCUAAAUUGGAGCUCCAGAUGGGUCGCAAAUGGGUGGUUGAGCAUCAUGUUGGGAACAAGAGCUUAAUUAUUGAAGAUUGUGAUACCAAACAGUCGGUGUAUGUAUAUGGAUGCAAGGAUUGUGUGCUGCAAGUCAAAGGGAAAGUGAACAACAUAACAAUUGAUAAGUGCACCAAAGUAGGAGUCUUAUUCAAGGGGGUUGUAGCGGCUUGUGAAAUUGUGAAUUGUAACAGUGCAGAGGUCCAAUGUGAGGGCUCGGUUCCGACUAUAUCAAUAGACAACACAUCUGGUUGCCAACUUUACUUAAGCAAGGAAUCUUUAGAGACAUCUAUAACAACCGCUAAAUCAAGUGAAAUCAAUGCUCUUGUUCCAGAUGCAAACACUGACGGUGAUUGGGCCGAGCAUUCCUUGCCCCAGCAGUAUAUUCACGCGUUCAAAGAUGGACAAUUUACGACAUCACCAGUGUCUCAUUCUGGCGCUUGA